AUGGCGUGCUUGUUGGAGGCCCCUCUCCGCAUCAGUGUACUGUCUGAAGUUACUGCCACGAGUCGACAUUAUGUGGACCGUCUGUUUGACCCUGAUCCACAGAAAGUACUGCAGGGAGUCAUUGACAUGAAGAAUGCUGUAAUUGGCAACAAUAAGCAGAAAGCCAAUUUGAUCGUCCUGGGAGCUGUGCAGAGGUUACUGUACCUACUGCAGCAGAGCUCCUCCGGCUUGGAGCUGAGAACCGAGUGCGCGGUAGUACUUGGCAGCCUAGCCAUGGGCACAGAGAACAAUAUCAAGUCCCUGGUGGACUGCCACAUCAUCCCUGCCCUUCUUCAAGGUCUCUUGUGUCCUGAUCUGAUUUUCAUCGAGGCUUGUCUUCGUUGUCUCAGAACAGUCUUUAUAAGCCCCGUGACCCCGGUGCAGCUACUCUACACUGAUCCCACUGUGAUCCCUCAUUUAAUGUCUCUCCUGAGCCGCUCACAUAGAACGCAGGAGUACACCACGCAGAUCUUCUCCCACUGUUGUAAGACUCCGGAGCACCAGACAGUUCUGUUUAACCAUGGUGCUAUUCAGAACAUUGCCCCUUUGCUAAUAUCGCCCUCUUAUAAGGUGCGUAUGCAGGCUCUAAAAUGUUUCUCAGUGCUGGCAUACGAGAACACUCAGGUCUCCAUGACACUGGUGAAUGUGCUGGUGGACGGUGAGCUGCUAUCUCAGGUAUUUGUCCGAAUGAUGCAAAGGGAUCAGCCCAUUGAAAUGCAACUAACGGCAGCCAAAUGUCUCACGUACAUGUGUCGAGCAGGCGCCAUCAGGACAGAUGACAGCUGCAUUGUUCUAAAGACACUGCCGUGCUUGGUGCGCAUGUGUAGCAAGGAGCACCUGUUGGAGGAGAGGGUAGAGGGAGCGGAGACGCUGGCCUUCCUAAUGGAGCCCGAUGUAGAACUGCAGCGGAUCGCCAGCACCACUGACCACCUGGUAGCCAUGUUGGCCGACUACUUCAAGUAUCCUAGCUCUGUGUCAGCCAUCGCUGACAUCAAGAGGUUGGACCACGACCUGAAACACGCGCACGAGCUCAGGCAAGCAGCUUUCAAACUGUAUGCGUCGCUGGGCUCCAAUGAUGAGGACAUUCGAAAAAAGAUCACGGAGACUGAAAACAUGAUGGACAGAAUAGUCAGCGGCCUAUCGGAGUCCAGCAUUAAAGUUCGUUUGGCGGCAGUCAGAUGUCUUCAUAGUCUUUCACGGUCAGUACAACAGCUACGGACCAGCUUCCAUGACCACGCUGUGUGGAAACCUCUUAUGAAGCUUUUGCAAAACGCCCCUGAUGAAGUCUUGGUCAUGGCGUCUUCCACACUAUGCAACCUUCUGCUGGAGUUUUCACCCAGUAAAGAGCCCAUCCUUGAAUCAGGUGUCAUAGAACUACUGUGCAGUCUGACCCAGAGUGAGAGUCCUGCUCUCCGGGUCAACGGAAUCUGGGCCCUAAUGAACAUGGCCUUCCAGGCAGAUCAGAAGGUAAAAGUGGAGAUUGUUCAAUGUUUGGGCACGGAGCAGCUGUUUCGCUUACUGUCCGACCCUGACGGCAAUGUGCUGAUGAAGACUCUUGGUUUGCUGCGGAACCUCCUGUCAACACGUCCUCACAUCGAUCAGAUCAUGAGUUCUCAUGGCAAGCAGAUCAUGCAGGCCGUCACGCUCAUUCUGGAGGCAGAGCACAGUGUGGAGGUCAAAGAACAGACGCUGUGCAUUCUCGCCAACAUCGCCGACGGCAGCACGGCCAAGGAGCUCAUCAUGACCAAUGAUGACAUGCUACAGAAAAUAAAAUACUACAUGGGUCACUCCAAUGUGAAACUCCAGCUCGCUGCCACCUUCUGCAUCUCUAACCUCAUCUGGAAUGAGGAAGACGGAAAUGUCUUUCGCGGUCUUUUUUCAGGUUCUCAGGAGCGCCAGGACAAGUUAAGGGAAUUGGGCUUCGUGGACAUGUUGCACAAACUCUCACAGGCAUGCGACGCCAACCUCAGUGACAGGGCCAAGGUGGCCAUGCAGCAGUACCUGGCAUGA